AUUUUAGUUUUGAUUUUUUUUAAUCCCGCCGUGAUCACGUGACAACUGUCACAAAGUGAGGUUAUGUUAUUUUGUAAAAUGAGUGAAAUCGAGUACAAAAUUUGUAAAUAUUGCACAAACAAGUUGGAGGAUUGUCUCGACGAAGGCCUAACGUGUAGUCUGUGUUCGCAAAGCGUCCAUUUGCGGUGUCUCAAGAAUGGUUCGGUACCUGGGGGCCUCCACGGGGACAUCUUCUUCACAUUCACCUGUGAGGAAUGUUCUGAAACCGGAACCGAGUCGUUUGUUAGGGAGAAAAUGUCUUGGUUAAAAGUAUUAGUUUUGGCUUUGUAUCAUUUGCAGUCACGGAGUCCGGGUUUGGGGCGCAAAGGGUACUUUCACUGGCGGAAUCACAUAGCCUCGCUUAUCGACAAAAACUGGGAAAUUCUCUUUUUGCGAGAUUUUAAAAAGAAGAAAAAAUGGGUUGGGACCGUCGCUGGGACCCUAUCCCACUUCAGUACGUAUUUUUUUAAAUCGGGGACUUCGGUCGUGAACGAGCCGGCCUGGUGGGCCCUCACAUACCCCAAACUCACCCCCAACGUAAUUUCAAACUUGUAUUCGGCCCUCACGAACGAGAAACAAAAAUCGAAGAUUUUAAAAAUAUCGAUUUCAGACGCCGAGUUAUUUACACAGAUUUUACACAAAAAUAUCAAAAACGAUGAUUUAUUAACGCCUCUAUUCACUGUUGAUGUUCCUGAAUUAGAAAAAAAUCCAGACGAUGAAACUAAAAAAAUUAGUAAAAACUUCACAGUAAAUAAACGAAAAAGUCUUUUACCGACGUUUGAGAGCACGUCAAAGAAACUUUUGAAACUAAAUAAGAAUGCGCCGGUUUUUUCCAACUUGGGUGAUGAAUUAACUCCGACUUAUGUAAAACAAAAUUUGAGUGAAGUUCAACAACGUAAGCCCCCAAGUGAGCCAAACAAGGAGUCUGUGAAGCUCCUUGACCCGUUUUGUCACUACAACACUUGCUUUAGUAACGCGUCUAGACCGAAAGGAACUCAAAUGAAAGUCAGGUUGAUGGGAGGUAUCAGAAAAGAACUAAUUCUCUCGCCUUACAGCAGUAUUUAUUUAAAACCUUACAUAAGAAGAGAUACAGAAACUUAUCCGUCUUGGAUACGUCUAAUGGCCGAGAUACAAAUGAAAGCGAACGAGAAGACAGAAGGAUAUGUUUUGCCCCCAAGGGCCCCCAUUGACUACACCUACGUCCAACCUGAACACAUCCCUGCCAUUAACAGUCUUUGCAACAACUUUUUCUGGUCCGGAAUAGACUUAACAGAGUGUUUGCAAUACCCCGAUUUCAGUUGCGUGGUUUUGUACCGAAAACUAAUUGUGGGGUUUGCAUUCCUCGUCCCCAAUGUUAAAUACACCGAAAAUUACAUUUCGUUUAUUUUCACACGUCCGGGGUGGAGAAACGUGGGAAUUGGGAAAUUCAUGCUGUAUCAUUUAAUUCAAACCAGUCUCGGGAAAGACAUCACUCUGCACGUGUCAAUCAACAAUCCGGCGUUGUUUUUGUACCAAAAAUUCGGUUUUAAAGUGGAAGCGGUGGUUUUAAAUUUUUAUGAUAAGUAUAUACGUGAAACGAGCGAAUCUAAACAUGCGUUUUUUUGUCGUCUUGAGAGGUGAUAUUGUAUCAAGUUUUAAUCAAUUUAUUUGAGGCACUUUUUAUCCAUCUUUUUUUAAAUAAAUUAAUUAUUUAAAUG